UGAAGGUUUUUCUCGGCCUGUCCGUGGUCGCUUGUCGCUGAAGUCCGAGUAGAACUCCGCGAGUGCGUCGUCACAAGUUCCCCGUGGGUAGAUCGGGAAUCGGGAGUCUGGAACACGGUGUGUGAGUGCACUAGAAAGAAAACAUCCCGCUGGGAAUCGAGAACCAGGUAACUGUCGCACGAUCCUCUGACACAGUUCCACGGUAGAACCCAACUGACCAAACCAAAAUGUCCGAGUAUUGGCUAAUAUCCGCCCCGGGUGACAAGACCUGUCAGCAAACCUGGGAAACGAUGAACAACUUAACCAGCAAGCAGAACAACCUCUGCGAGAACUUCAAGUUCCACAUUCCGGAUUUGAAGGUCGGUACACUGGAUCAGCUCGUCGGUUUGUCCGAUGACUUGGGCAAGCUCGACGCCUAUGUGGAGCAGUCGACACGUAAGAUUGCCUCAUACCUGGGGGACGUUCUCGAGGAUCAGCGGGAUAAGCUGUACGAAAAUCUGCAGGCAAACAACAGUAAGUAUGGAUAUUUGCUUAAGUUUUAUAUUUAUGGGGUUUUCGAUAAU